UCUCCAACAUUCCCACACACCAGGGGACAGCAGUGACUGUGGGUGACUCCGCAGAAGCCAGGAUGCAGCCUCUUGAUUCCAUGGGUGAAGCUGGGCUGGGAUUCUGGGAGCAUGGUGAGAGGAGUCAGAGGGAUCUGCUCAGAGCUGAGUCUGCCCAGGCUUGAUUGGUGCUCUCUUCUUUCAGAGGACGGCGAGAUGGAGGUCAGUGGCAGCAGGUAUUCUAUUAAAAGCUCCAGACUACGACCAAAUUCUGGAAUCAAGAGUUUGGCAGGAUGCCUGGGACACAACCAAGCCCCCUUGGUCCUGCAGCUGCUCUCUUUCCUGUUCUUGGCUGGGCUCCUGCUGAUCAUUCUUUUCCAAGUCUUCAAGACCACAAAUACCCAGUGGCAGGAGGAACCCAAGCAAGAGAAGAUCCUUGAGGAACUGAACCAGCUGACAGACGAACUUAUGUCCAGGAUCCCCAUCUCCCAGGGGCAGAAUGAGUCCAUGCAGGAGAAGAUCUCUGAGCAACUGACUCAGCUGAAGGUUGAACUCCUAUCCAGGAUCCCCGUCUUCCAAGUGCAGAAUGAAUCCAUGCAAGAGAAGAUCUCUGAGCAACUGACACAGCUGAAGGCUGAACUCCUUUCCAAGAUCCCCAGCCUCCAGGUACAGGAUGAGUCUAAGCAGGAGAAGAUCUACCAACAGCUGGUACAGAUGAAGACUGAACUCCUCCGCCUGUGUCGACUCUGCCCCUGGGACUGGACAUUCCUCCUAGGAAACUGUUACUUCUUAUCCAAGUCCCAACGGAACUGGAAUGAUGCCGUCAGAGCUUGCAAAGAAGAGAAGGCUCAAUUAGUCAUCAUCAAUAGUGAUGAAGAGCAGACCUUCCUACAGCUGACUUCUAAGGCUAAAGGACCAACCUGGAUGGGGCUGUCAGACCUGAAGAAUGAAGCCACAUGGCUCUGGGUAGAUGGUUCUACUCUGUCAUCCAGAUUCCAGAAAUAUUGGAAUAGAGGGGAGCCCAACAACAUCGGUGAAGAAGACUGUGUAGAAUUUGCUGGGGAUGGCUGGAAUGACUCCAAAUGUGAACUCAAAAAGUUCUGGAUUUUCAAGAAGUCUGCGACCGCAUGCACUGAAGGCUAGCUCCCCCAGCUUCUACCGCCAUGCUUCUUUGCCAGACAAAUGGAUGUGCCUCACUUUCAGCUCCUUCUUCCUGGCUGUUGGCCUCAGUAUUUUGGAAAAAAAAAAAAAACCCUGGUAUUAUAUUUUUAUCAGAUUCUUCAUCCUCCAA